AUGGAGUCUCUCUCCAUAGGUCUCCCAGCUUCCCGACCAUCUCCAAAGAACCCUAAAUUCCACAAAAUCAAAACACCCAAUCCCAUUUUCCUUUUCACUAGUUGCCAUUUAACCCCAAAUUCCAUCCGAUUCCUUUCUCAUUUCACCAAGAAAAAACCCAAAUCAACCAAUACUACCCUCAAAUCCCAAUCUCUGGCUUUCCUUUUUGUGGGAUUUCCAUUUCCACUCUCUUCAUUUGCUUCUGAGGAAAUACCCAUUGACCAAUCAUCUAGUAAAAUCAACCUAGAGUCGAUUUUGGUUUCAAUUGAUGAUUUUUUCAACAGAUAUCCGUUUUUUGUUGCCGGGGUUGUUUUCAUUUGGCUGUUUGUCAUCCCUGCGACUCAAGAAUACUUGCGAAAGUACAAGGACAUAUCUGCUCUUGAUGCUUUCAAAAAGCUUAAGGAUGACCCAAAUGCACAGCUAUUAGAUAUCAGAGAUAACAAGACUCUGAGGGUUCUGGGCUCGCCCAAUUUGAAGAUUUUUAGUAAGAAUGCUGUUCAGGUCGAAUUUCGUGAUGGGGAUGACGAGGGUUUUGUAAAGAAAGUGAAAGAGAAUUUCGGGGAUCCUGCAAAUACCACCAUUUGCACUCUUGACAAUUUUGAUGGUAACUCCAUGAAGGUAGCCGAGUUAUUGUUCAACAAUGGAUUCAAAGAGGCUUAUGCUAUCCGAGGUGGAGUUAGAGGCAACAACGGGUGGCUGGAAAUACAAGAAACAUUUCUCCCACCCUCUGUACACAUCAACCUCAAAACAAAAGUCAAUAAGUCAAAACAAGUAAAUAACAAUGGAGCAAUCAACGAACAAAGUGAAGCGAAGAGCCAAAUAGAUUCUGUAGCUGAAAGCAAACAAACCAACAAUGGUUCUGUCAAACAUAAUACAUCAUCUAUGGGACCCGUGUCCAGAUCAUUGUCUCCAUACUCGAUGUAUCCUGAUAUGAAGCCGCCUUCCUCUCCAACUCCAUCCAAGCCUCAAUAAGGAUGCGACUCAUUUUGUACUCACUGAGUCAACUCGAUAUGUUUUAUUUUUUGUAACAGACCAUGUUAUUCAACACUUUUUGCGUAUUCCUAGUCUCAUUAUGUUUAUUUGAUCUGAUUAGGAGUGUAAAAUCUUUG